UCCGCCAGUACAAGGCACGUGUUGCCCGGGGCGUUAGUGGGAAGAAGCUGGAGGUGCGUCUUCCCUUUCUCCCCCCCCCACUUGCUGGGAGGCGGGGGCGGAGCCUUUGCGGGAGACAGAGGCUGCCGGGAAGCUUUGCGGGAUGCGGAUCCAGACGAGACUCUCAAGUUGCAUAUGUAAAUUGGAAACCUUUCCUGCUCCAUCUAGAGACAAAACUAUCUUGUAAGCAUGGAGGGCUGAAUGUCCUUGGGAAACUUGACCAGAUCCUCAUCGUGAAAUUCAACUCUUCUGAAUAGGAAGACCUCUGGAGGUCCAUUGACCCAUUUUGCAACAGGAUUAGAGAAAAAAGAGAAGAUGGAGGGACAACACUCAGCAGAUGCAGGAACUGGAAAAGGCCCUCUUGCUGCUCAGCCUUGGAGCUGUGGGAAGAAUGGGUCAAGCCUUAGGCAGAAGAUCCAGGAAGUGGGAACUAACGCUUUAGAGGUCCAUUGCUGUCACUUCAGCAAAGUACAGUUCCAGAACGUGACUGGGCCCCGAAAUAUUUGCAGUCACCUCCACCGCCUUUGCCUUCAGUGGCUGCAGCCAGAGAGACACACGAAGGCUCAGAUGUUGGACCUGGUUCUUCUGGAGCAGUUCCUGGCUGUCCUUCCGUCAGAGAUGGAGAAAUGGGUACGGGAGUGUGGCGCAGAGACGAGUUCCCAGGCAGUGGCCCUGGCCGAAGGGUUCCUGCUGAGCCAGGAGGAGGAAAAGAUGCAAGAAAAGUUGCAGAUAUCCUUGGAAGCAGCCACUGAGUAUGUCAAGGGAAGGAAAGAAUCCAAAGUCUCUCAAGAGCUACUGAUUGGGGAGAUCUUUCAGAAAGAUCAAAAUCAGGAUACCAUGUCAGAGAACCAAAAGCACUCCUUGAUGUUUUUCGAAUCACCUCCUCUUUGGGAUGUAGCUGAAAGAGCAACUGAACCUCGGUCUCAGGAUCUUGUGACUUUUGAGGAAGUAGCUGUGUAUUUUUCUGAGGAAGAGUGGUCUCAGCUGGAUCCUGACCAAAAAGCUCUUCAUGGGGAGGUCAUGCUGGAGAAUUCUAGGAAUCUGGCUUCCCUAGAAAAGAAUGUCCAAGAGGGUAAGAAUUGCAAGGAACAACAACAAACAAUCCACCCAAAAGAGGAAAAAAGGAAGUUUGCCAAUCAGCUGGAACCAAAAAGUGAUGAGAGAAACGGAUCACAAAGUGGAAUUAAGAAAAGCUUUUUAUGGAUCACUCGGCCUACUUAUCAUAGAAAGAUGCCUACAGGAGACAGACCUUAUAAAUGCCUGGAGUGUGGGAAGAACUUUUCUAAAUCCAGUCACCUCAUUCGCCAUAAAAUGACCCAUUCAAAAGAGAAACCAUAUAUCUGUAGCGAGUGUGGAAAGGCCUUCCGUGAUAAUUGUUCUCUCAGAAGCCACCAGAGGAAUCACAGUGGAGAAAGGCCCUAUAAAUGCAUGGAGUGUGGGAAGACUUUUACUCAAAGUGGUGCUCUUGCUACCCAUAAAAGAAUCCACACGGGGGAGAAGCCAUAUAAAUGUAUGGUGUGUGGGAAGGGCUUUACUCAGGGCAGUCACCUUACUUCUCAUAAGUUUAUCCACACAGGGGAGAAGCCAUAUAAAUGCAUGGUGUGUGGGAAAAGCUUUACUCAGGGCAGUCGUCUUACUUCUCAUAAGUUCGUCCACACAGGGGAGAAACCGUACAAAUGCAUGGAGUGUGGGAAGACUUUUACUCAAAACAGUAACCUUACUUCCCAUAAAAGAAUCCACGCAGGGGGCAAGCCAUAUAAAUGCAGAGAAGGUGGAAUGGGCUUCUGUGAAAAUGCAUCCCUUAUGGAACAUGAAAGGAUCCACCUGGAGGAGAAACCAUAUAAGUGCACGGACUGUGGAAAGGGUUUUUCACUAUCUGAUCACCUCAUUUCCCACGAAAUGACCCAUUCAGAAGAGAAACCGCAUGCCUGCUUGGAUUGUGGAAAGAUUUUCCCUGAUAAUUAUUCUCUUAGAAGCCAUCAAAGGAAUCAUGGGGGAGAAAGACCCUAUAAAUGUAUGGACUGCGGAAAGACCUUCGCUUGGAGCAGUAAUCUCUCUUACCAUAAAAGAACCCACACAGGGCAGAAGCCUUAUAAAUGUGUAGAAUGUGGGAAGGGUUUUAGUACUAACAGUUAUCUUACUGCCCAUAAACGGAUCCACACAGGGGAGAAGCCGUAUCAAUGUAUGGACUGUGGAAAGAGCUUUAGAAGGAGUAGCCUUCUUACUUACCAUAAAAAGAUCCACACAGGAGAGUAGCCAUAUCAGUCCAAGGAGUGAGGGAAGAGCUUUAAGAGGAAUAGUAAUCGAAAAUCUCAUGAAAGAGUCCACUUUGGCAAUGCUGCAUAUAAACAUUAUACAUAUACAAAUAUGUGAGAAUAUUUUGCCUUUCCAGUCCAGAGUAGAUUGGAAGAUGAAUCUUCAUUCCUGAUUGUAAUUUUUACUCAGUAGAAGGUUCCCAGGCAAGAAAUAAGUAGAGCUAAAGAGUAUUUAUGGUGUCUUCAUGGUGUCUAGCACAAUACUUUAAAAAAUGUAGAUUUCUAGGAAUUUCCUCUGAUGAAUAUAUCCACUGGAGUAGUGGAUUGCAGGCAGAUAAUCAACCCUUAAUCACUUAUUAUGAUUGCACUAUUUCUUCAUUUGCUUAAUAUUGUUACAAUCUGCCUUUCCAUCCUUCUCAUUAUGUAAUGCAAAGUAAUAUCUGAGAAAGAAAACCAUAAGGAGCAUAGGGUUAGAAAAUACAACCUGAAUUUCAACAUACAGCUCAUUGGCUAUGUUUCCUAAUUUUGUGGCGAUUUUUGUUUUCUUCCCUUUGUUUUUAAUUGCAAAGUUAAAUAGCAAAAGAGUUUGUGUGUCCUAGUAUCAAAAAAACCAUUCCAGAAAUAUAUGGGAGACAUCUCUCAAUCCA